CAACUAAUGAGUGCCUGUAGAUUGAAGUUUUUGAGGCGCGCUCGUCAAAAGUAGGCUUGCAGAUGGCGUCCUUAAAGUUGUCAGCUUUAAGUGUGUUUAGCCCUCGGAGUUUUAGUCGCAUUACAGCUGUUCUGACUCCAAAUAUAAAGAGACAUGUAUGUACUACUAUCUCAAUGCAUAUGAAGUUGAAUGAGAUGAAACAUAUACUAAAGGAAAAUAAUAUCCCGGAAGCGGAUAAAAGGCAAAUAGAAAAAGAGGUUGAAGAAAUGACAAAGGAUUGGAUUACCACGGGUUAUCACCAUACUGACAAAAAAGAAGAUACUUUCCUAUCACAGUUUAUGCCUUUCGCUCUUCUUACACUCUGGAUUUUUCCGUUGUUUUUGUUUAUGUAUUACUCUCCUAAUCGUAGUUUUUCUGAUUGGACUUGGAGAGAAGCAUAUUUGGAGAUAGAAAGACGAAGAAGAGAUGGCCUACCUCUUGUAGAUAAAGAUCUAAUCCCUGCUUCCCGUGUUCAGCUGCCUCCAGUUGAUCAACUCGACCCUGAUUUUAAGAUUAUUAUAUAA